GUCGUUGUAGUAUAGUGGUAAGUAUUCCCGCCUGUCACGCGGGUGACCCGGGUUCGAUCCCCGGCAACGGCGAUUUUUUAUUUUCCCUCCGAGAAACCAAACAACCCACGGUACUGGAUAAUGCGGUGUCGUUUCAGGCUUCUCUUCCCUGCAAUCCUGUUAGGGCGAAUCAAUCAGACUCGCUUUCUCUUAUCUUCCUCCUCGCUCACUCUCUCCACCUCAGACCCCGGCGAUCUUCUCUCUUCGCCAAAGCCAAAUAUCUGCCGCUCGCCGGUGCCGUCUUUAUCACCGUUCCCACCUCCCGCAGCCCUUUUCCUCCUUCCACCUCGUUAUCACCGAUCCCACUUUGCCUUCUGCCUUCCUAUUCUAGCAAGGGGGUUUAACUAGGGUUUUAUAAUUUAAUAUUUAUUUUUUCUGGGCGAGUUUCGGUGCUGCCUUCCCUUCCGUAUCUCUUUGGGUUUCAAUCGACAGUCCAGCAAAAUGGCGUCUUUCAUGGCGGUACGCCGCUCGCGGACGCCGCUCUCUUCCUCGUCUUCCGUCAUCAAGGUACGGUUACUUCCACACCUCUCGCUCUCUCCCUUGGAUAGAGUCCUAGCUGCCGUCAGAACUCUGAGCACUUCCUCGGCAAUCCCCAAUGAAUUCCACCGACCACCACCACCACCACCACCAUCUCACUCCGAGCCUAGGGUUUUCCAUGGCGAGAGGCAUACUGAUCAAGUUCCCCGCUGGGAGAAUAGAGUACCUCCGCCGCCGCAGCAACAGCAAGGAAACCAUCACCAGUGGCACCUUCCUCAGCAGAACCCUCCGCCGCAGCAACAGCAAGGCAACCAUCACCAGUGGCACCACCCUCAGCAGAGCCCUCCGCCACAGAUGGGGGCAGGGCAGGGGAAUUAUCAGGGCAACUUUUCGAAUCAAAGGCAGAAUUCCAACCAGGGAUUUCCCAGUAUAGGAUAUCCUAAUCCUAAUACUAAUGCUAAUCCAGAUCAGGGAUACCCUAAUCGUGGAUUCAACCAGCCGCAACAUCCACCUCCUCAAGGAGGCCCAGGUCACUGGAAUUCUCCAGGUGGUCAGAGCUACCCUCAGCACCAUAAUCCCCCCGCCCAGGUGAAUCAUAAUGUCCAGAACUACGGCCAACGUGGAGCUCCAAAUCAGUGGAAUAACCAAGUUCAAGUGCAGCAUCCCCAACCCAGAAAUUUCGAAGCUGAGCCUGUUAUUCCAGUGGCUUCAUUAGCCGAUUUGUUGCGUUUGUGCCAGGAAGGGAAGGUCAAGGAAGCAAUUGAGUUGAUGGAUAAAGGCCUUCGAGCUGAUUACGCUUGUUUCGAUUCUCUAUUUGGGUUGUGUAGCAAACUCGAGGAUGCCAAGAAAGUGCACGACUACCUUCUGCAAUCGACUUGCAGGGGUGAUCUCAGGUUGAACAAUAAGGUGAUUGAGAUGUAUGGCAGAUGCGAGAGCAUGACUGAUGCUCGUAGGGUGUUUGAUCACAUGCCAGAAAGAAACAUGGAUACCUGGCACCUAAUGAUCCAUGGUUAUGCAAACAAUAGCUUGGGAGAUGAAGGCUUGCAACUGUUUGAGCAGAUGAGGAAGCUAGAUCUGAAACCCACUGAGGAAACGUUCCUCGCUGUAUUAUCAGCCUGUGGAAGUGCAGAUGCUGUGGAUGAGGCGUUCAUCCAUUUCAAGUCGAUGAAGAACGAUUUUGGGAUCGAUCAACAAAUGGAACACUAUGUUGGGAUGAUUGAUGUACUUGGCAAAUGUGGGUUUCUCAAUGAAAUCGAACAGUAUAUUGAGAAACUGCCCUUUGAUCCCUCUGUAGAAAUCUGGGAGAAAUACAUGAACUAUGCUCGAAUCCACGGAGAUGUGGAUCUUGAAGAUCGCCUCGAAGAACUGAUUGUUUCAAUGGAUCCUUCCAAGGCAGCGGCUAAAAAGAUACCUACACCACCUCCAGUGAAGCGUACUGCAGUCAGCAUGCUGGAAGGGAAGAGUAGAAUAGCAGAGUACCGUUAUCCUGCUCUUUACAAGGAUGAUCCUAAACUCAAGGAACUGAUGGAGUUGAAGAACUCGGGUUAUGUCCCAGAUACCAGAUACGUUCUUCAUGACAUUGAUCAAGAGGCGAAAGAGCAAGCUUUGUUAUACCACAGCGAGAGGUUGGCCAUUGCUUAUGGACUCAUCAGCACUCCGGCGAGGACGACACUGAGGAUCAUAAAGAACCUCCGGAUCUGCGGUGACUGUCACAAUGCCAUCAAGAUUAUGUCCAGGAUCGUAGGGAGGGAGUUGAUCGUUAGGGAUAAUAAGAGGUUUCACCACUUCAGGGAUGGCAAGUGCUCUUGUGGAGACUACUGGUGAUCCAUUCUUCCUUUUGUAUGGAUACAAGAUUACUGAAACAAUAUUAUCAGUAGAACAAUGUAGUUACCUAGUUUAUUCACUUGGCUCUAUUUUCUGGGACCUUAUGUAUAAAAGUGCACGAGCUGCUUGAACGGAUGGGCAUACAUGAUCUGAACGACAACUGGCCUACUGCUGCUGCUUAUGAUCACAAUUCACAAUUAGGUCCACGUAUGCCAUUCGUAAUUGAGAUUUCAUUUUUUGAUUGAUUUCACAACAGUUAUAAAGGUAAGAUGAACUU